GAAAGCCAAUAUACAGCCCAAUGUUGGAAAUAUAAUACCCAGACUAGAGUCUGGCAAUCAAUUGAAUCCAUGUCCACGGGUCGGGUAUGGUUUGCAAUGGUAUCGUUGGAUUCAAAACUGUAUGCUAUUGGAGGACUAACUGAUAAAUCUUAUGAUACCAAUACUGUUGAAUCAUAUGAUCCGCAAACAAAUCAAUGGAAACCAAUGAAACCGUUGAGCACUACCAGAGAAGGUAUGGGUGCGGCUGUUUUGAACGAUACUAUCUAUGUUUGUGGCGGUUAUGAUGUUAAUACAGCUAAACGUCAUAAUGAUUGUGAAUAUAUGACACCAAAUAGUAGUGAUGAUAGUAAUGAUAGUCAAUGGCAUUUUACAACACCCAUGUCAAUGGUCAGGGAGUACUAUCAACUGGUAGCACAUGGAGGCUAUUUGUAUGCCAUCGGUGGCUAUAUAGGUAACUUAACCGAUACACAAACAGUUGAACGGUAUAACCCGUUGACUAGACAAUGGCAACCCAGGGCCAAUUUAAAUCAUAAAAUUAGAGCAUUUGCUGCCAUAUCCUAUAUGGAUAAAAUCUAUGUGUGCGGUAAAACAUGCGAAACAUACGAUCCCAUUGAAAACAAAUGGACACCAAUUGCAUCAUUGAAUGAGAGACGCUUAGAUUUACAAUUAGUUAAUUACCAUGAUCAAUUAUAUGCAAUUGGUGGCCAGGGUAUAGCUACCGAUUUGUUUGAAGUAUACAAUCAUACUAGCAAUCAAUGGCUCUAUAGUACCCAAUCGGUGCCCUAUAAUGUCUAUGGUUUUGGGGCAAUAGUAUUAGAUAAAUAAUAAGUCCAAACACUACAACAACAUA